AUUCUAAACCAAUUGAUGUUUCACUUUCAAGGUAAUUCACAAGAGGAGUGGGCUGCAGGUCUCAACUCCAGUGACUUUAAGCUGCUGUGCCUCAAUGGCACUCAGGCUCCAGUAACAGAUUAUAAGACGUGUCACUUGGCACAAGUACCAGCUCAGACAUUUGCAUCUUGUGUAGAGACAAGGGGUCAAGUGCUGCAGUUUUUAAAAGACCAACGAAAUUCCCCGAAAUCUAUCAUCUUGGCCAUUGCCAGGCCCCACGUUGAGUCGGACUGCUCGAGACCUGUUCUCCAAUCCUUCCUGAAAAGAAACCAGGACAAAACACACCUUUUAAAGCCACACCAUCAUCACAAAUACUAG